AAAGCCUGUGCAUCAAUUCACACAGUGACCCCGCCCCCGUACAUGGCCCCGCCCCUCAUAACGUCCCGCCUCCAAAGUGGCUCAGUCGGUGAUUGAUUGGCGCAUAUGCGUGCGCUGUGCUUCUGCGCGAGGACAGGACGCCGUCUCUGCAGGCAGCAUGCCGCUGGCACGCAGUAUCUCCGUGACCUCCCUGUCGGGUCUGGAGGAGUGGGAUGAGGAGUUCGAGUUGGAGGAUGCGGUUCUGUUUGAAAUCGCAUGGGAGGUGGCUAAUAAAGUUGGAGGCAUCUACACUGUGAUCCAGACAAAGGCACGUUUGACCUGUGAGGAAUGGGGAGAAAACUACUUCUUAGUGGGGCCCUAUAUUGAGUCCAAUGUCAGGACCCAGGUUGAAUUGAUUGAGCCCCCAAACGCAGUGCUGAGGAGGACCAUCGACAAGAUGAACAACAGUGGCUGCAAGGUGUAUUUUGGCCGUUGGCUGAUUGAAGGCUCUCCGUAUGUGAUCCUGCUGGAUGUUGGUUUCACCGCCUGGUCUCUGGACCGCUGGAAGAGUGAAUUGUGGGAAAACUGUUCCAUCGGUGUGCCGUGGUUCGACCGCGAGGCCAAUGAUGCCGUCCUGUUCGGCUUCCUUACUGCCUGGCUGCUCGGAGAGUAUGCAGCGCAGUGUGAAGAUCCUCCACAUAUCCUGGCUCAUUUUCACGAGUGGCUGGCAGGACUGGGGCUGGUGUUAUGCAGACAGAGGCACUUACCUGUAGCCACUAUCUUCACCACACACGCCACGCUGCUCGGCCGAUACCUGUGUGCCGGGAACGUCGACUUCUACAACAACCUGGCAGAGUUCAAUGUUGAUAAGGAGGCAGGCGAUAGACAGAUCUACCACCGUUAUUGUAUAGAGCGGGCUGCAGCACGCUGUGCGCACGUCUUCACCACUGUGUCUAAGAUCACAGCCAUCGAGGCUGAACACCUACUCAAAAGGAAACCAGACGUCGUGACUCCUAACGGUCUGAAUGUGAAAAAGUUCUCAGCCAUGCACGAGUUUCAGAACCUCCACGCUCAGAGCAAGGCUCGCAUCCAAGAGUUCAUCAGAGGGCAUUUCUAUGGGCAUUUAGAUUUCAACCUGGAUAAAACCGUGUUUCUCUUCAUCGCUGGACGUUACGAGUUCUCUAAUAAAGGAGCGGAUAUUUUCCUCGAGGCACUGGCCAGACUCAACUAUUUACUGAGGGUGAACCACAGUCAGGUGACGGUGAUAGUGUUCUUCAUCAUGCCGGCCCGCACCAACAACUUUAACGUGGAGACGCUGAAGGGUCAAGCCGUGCGGAAACAGCUCUGGGACACAGCCCAGACCGUGAAAGAGCGCUUCGGGAAGAAACUGUACGAAUCUUUGCUAGUCGGGCAACUUCCGGAGGUGUCGAAGAUGUUGGAUAAGGAGGAUUUCACCAUGAUGAAAAGAGCCAUCUUUGCUACCCAGCGCCAGUGUCUUCCUCCCGUCUGCACCCACAACAUGCUGGAGGACAGCUCGGACCCCAUCCUCACCGCCAUCCGCCGCAUGGGUCUCUUCAACAGCUCUCAGGACCGCGUCAAGGUCAUCUUCCAUCCAGAAUUUCUGUCCUCCACUUCCCCGCUGCUGCCCAUGGACUAUGAGGAGUUUGUUAGAGGCUGCCAUCUUGGAGUCUUUCCUUCCUACUACGAACCCUGGGGAUACACACCAGCGGAGUGCACCGUGAUGGGAAUUCCCUCCGUCUCCACUAAUCUCUCUGGGUUCGGCUGUUUUAUGGAGGAGCACAUAGCUGACCCGACUUCUUACGGGAUUUAUAUCCUAGACCGACGGUUUCGGAGCGUGGAUGAUUCUUGUAACCAGCUGACAUCCUACCUGUUCCAGUUCUGCCAGCAGAGCCGCAGACAGCGCAUCAUCCAGAGGAACCGCACAGAGCGCCUCAGUGACCUGCUGGACUGGAGAUACCUGGGCCGAUAUUACGUGUCUGCUCGUCAUAUGGCUCUGGCCAAAGCCUUCCCCGAGAGUUUUAUGUACGAGCCCCAUGAUCCAUCCUCGACUACGGGCUUCCGUUACCCCCGUCCUGCCUCAGUGCCACCCUCUCCUGCCCACUCCCUCCAUUCAUCCCCUCAUCACAGCGAGGCCGAGGAUGAGGACGAAACGUACGACGAAGACCUGGAGGCCGAGAAAGACCGGCUGAACAUCCGACAACCUUUUAAUCUGCCGAACAAGAAUAAAAGCCUGGUGGAUGACCUUCCUGAGAAAAACUAACACUGUAUAAACACACGCACGUGCACACUAACACGCACACACACAGAUGACCUGGUCACCGCCUGUUGGUUAUUUCUGGGGUUUGAAAAGUAAACUGAGGUAUUUAUUUUAGGAAACUGUCGUAUUCACAUGAGAAGUUACUGUAUUUUAUUUCCCAAAAUAGGCAAACUAUAGUCUUCUGCACUUCUUUUUAUUCGAGGCUACGUAAUACUGCAUCAAUUAAGAAGUUUAACUGUAAUGGUAGCCAGUUGCUUUGUGUGGAACAUCCGCCUCUACUGUUCUAUAGUAUUAUAUCUCAAAAGGGCCAGUUAUGCUGAUAUACUGAUACUAAAAAACAGUGGGAUUGUAAUACAAGGCAAAGCAUUGUACCACAAACAAGCAUUAGAAAAAUAACCCAACACAAAACACGCUGGAUCCGUCUGAAUGUUGUUUUUUUACUCCGUUGUUGAUGUCUAGCCUUGUCCCAGUUUUAUGCUAGUCGAGGCACAGCGGAGGCAGAAAAACGGUUCUCUGUUUUUGAGACAAUAGUUUCAGGUCAUAUAAACACACUGAUGCUGUAGCGUUACCUCUCUGUGAGAAUAAAUCUGUAUUUCUCAGA